AUGACUAUUUUGUUUAGACAAGUGACUGUGUGGGACCGUUUUGGUCAUUCUGGAACCGGAAUAGAGGAGUUUAAUAGAGACUGGAAUGGACUUCACGAUGCUUUGGUGUUCAAGAAGGCUUAUGAAGCAGAUGGUCAUGGCAAAAAGGGUUGGAUGUGUGGUGCUGCUGACUCGAGCCUUUAUGCAUGGCUUGCCAAUGCUGAUGAUUACUUCAAGGCUAACUAUUUAGGAGAAAACUUGCGGAAGACGGGUGGCCUCAAGAGUAUUUCUAGGUUUGCAGAGGAAGAGGCCAGGAAAGAACAAAAGCUUAUGAACUCUCUAAACGUAAUGGUUGAGAGCAAAACAAAUCGGUUGAAGAAGUUAGAGGAAAAAUAUUCAAAGGAUUCGAUUAAUCUUAAGUAUGAGACUGAAGAAAAAGAAAAGAUUCUCCGUGCUUACAAUGAAGAUCUGACGGGAAGACAACAAAAAUCGACUGAUCACUUCAAUAGGAUCUUUGCUGAUCAUGAAAAGCAAAAGGUGCAGCUGGAGUCUCAGAUAAAAGAACUUGAAAUUAAAGAAUUGGAGUUGGCAAAACGGGAGGCAAAGAAUGAAACACAGAGGAAAUUGUUGGCAAAAGAGUUUGAACAGAGUGCUGCUAUAUAUAGUUACGUUCAACUAGCUGGCGUGGAACAACAAAAGACCACAGAGAAAGUGCAAAAACUGGCUGUAGAUCACAAGAUGCAAAAGGAAAAGCUUCAUAAGAGAAUUGCUGCACUGGAAAGACAGCUUGAUCAGAAACAGGAGCUUGAACUGGAGGUCGAGCAACUGAAAAGACAGCUGGGACUGAUGAGACACAUGGAACUGGACGGUUGUUCUGAAAUUGUGAACAAGGUGGAGACCUUUCUUAGAGACCUUAGUGAGAAAGAAGGAGAGCUUGCGCGCUUAAAUAAAUUUAAUCAAGAUCUUGUUGUACAAGAGCGGAAGACCAAUGAUGAGCUUCAAGAAGCUCGAAGAGCAUUGAUAAGCAAUUUGAGAGAGACGAGAUCGCAUAUUGGUGUUAGGAGAGUGGGGGAGAUUGACACCAAACCAUUCAUGGAAGCAAUGAAAAUAAAAUAUUGUCAAGAAGAUCUGGAGGAUUGGGCAGUUGAAGUUAUCCAGCUCUGGGAGGAAUAUCUUAAGGACCCAGAUUGGCAUCCGUUUAAACGGAUAAAGUGCCGAAGAGGAAGAUCUGUUGGUGAGAUGAGGAAAAACACACUAGUCUAG